CGGCACACUGAAAGGUGUGCUUAACGGGAGAGAAGUCAUUUCUAUGUUUACUCCUAAAUUUAAGCUAACGUGAACACUUUCAAACACCGAAUUAACAUAAUUGUGCGAGUGAAAAUAGUGAUUAAGAAACGUUCGCUGUUGUGAAAUAGAUAAGACGUGAUUAGCAUUUACCUGAAGCGAGCGAGACGAUUUUCUAUUGUUUUGACUUUCGUUCGUUGAGUUGAAGUUUGUUUUGAUUUCUACAUCGCGUGGCUGACAGGACGUGAGCGCAUUUCAUCAACGGAUCAAUUUGAGGAUGUGAUAGAAUUAAACUGACGGCAUUCUUUUUCAUUCAUUUUUGGACCUCAAGUGUGUAAAGUUUUGUGAAAUUGUAAAAAGAUAAAGUCAAGAUGGCCAGUUUUUCAGUGUCAGUCAUGUAUUUGUGUUGUAUAAUAGCAGUGUUGUCAGUCGUGGUAACUCAAGUGAAAACAACAAAUACUGGUACAGCAUUCUAUGCAGACAAUGGUCUUCAACAAACGGUAGUAGUAAAUAGAGUUCCAGGUCGCGAGAAGCGGGGAAUGCAACAAGAAAUUUUAACAUUACUGGGUCUCCAUCAUCGACCUAAACCCAAAGAUCAUGGAGAAGCUGAUUCGGCUCCUCAAUUUAUGAUUGAUUUAUAUAAAUCUUUAGAAAACGAAGAAUCCACGCUGGAUGAUGAUGUUAAAUUCCACAGUCACAGCAAAGUUCGAGCCAACUCCAGUCUUGGGUUAGAUUUGGCAAAAGUUGACGGUUCAGAUGUUAUUAUGAGUUUCAUAAACCAUGACAGACGUCGUAGAAAGUUACGAUGUUCGAAAAGGCGGUAUCGAAGGUUACGAAGAGUUUCUGGGAUAUGUCGACGGUCAGCUGGAAAAGUACCUUAUCUACGACACGAGCGAGAUCGAAUCUUCUUCUUUGAUUUUAGUGAAGUAUCACCUGAAGAAGGUGUAUCUGGAGCAGAGUUACGUCUUUAUAGAGAGACUAGCAAAAAAAAUGGCAGACUUGAAAUUGAGUUGUUUAUGAUUCAACAAGGAAAUGAUUUAGAAGACAAGAGAUUAUCCUCAGAAGUAAAUGUAACAGUAGCACCAGACUUUACUGGAUGGUUUGGACUGAAUGUUACAGGAGCAGCAGAGAAAUGGACAAAUUUCCCAGAAACUAAUCUUGGUCUUUACAUGAAAAUACGAGAUGAAAAAGGACAUGAUGUCGAUCCUAAGAAAGUUGGUAUUAUAACCAAGAAAGGGCCAACUGACAAACAGCCAUUUAUGGUGGGUUAUUUUAAGAUGACUAACGAAGUAUUGAGUCGUAGAACGAGAUCAACCAGCAACAGACGGGCACCAGAAGUUAGUCAUGUAGAAAUGGCGUAUGGCGAUGAUCCUUAUAAUCCCUACAGUAGUAACUCUUAUCUACGAUUUAAAAAUAAGCCAUGUAAACGUCAUUCACUUUUUGUUAGUUUUAGAGAUCUAGGAUGGCAGGAUUGGAUUAUUGCCCCUGAUGGGUAUUCAGCAUUUUAUUGUCAUGGUGAAUGUUCGUUCCCUCUAGCUGCUAAUAUGAAUGCUACAAACCACGCUAUUGUUCAGACUUUGGUCCAUUUGAUGGAUCCAGUUCUUGUUCCUAAACCCUGUUGUGCUCCAACCAAAUUAAACGCCAUUUCUGUGUUGUACUUUGAUCAUAACUCGAACGUCGUCUUGAAAAAAUACAAAAGUAUGAUUGUCAAAGCCUGUGGCUGCCAUUAAAAAUAUAUUUCGAACUUUUAAAGAUAUUAUUUGUCUGAGGUUAGUAAUAUUUUGUAAAAAUUGAGAUAAAACUUUAAAAGUAAGAUUGUCAUAGCCUGUGGCUGCCAUUCAAAAUAUAUUUUGAAUAUUGAAAGAUAUUAUUUGUCUGAAGUUUAUUUGUCUGACGUUAGUAAUAUUUUGUAAAAAUUGAGAUAAAAUUUUUAAAGUUUUUUCUUUAAUUGGAUGAAAAACAAAAACAAUGUUCAGGGCCAAUACUUAUAAGAGGUGCAAUAUUUCAUUACUAGACAGCUUGUGAAUCAAAAUAUGUCUAUUUCGGAUGUAAAGCCUAGCUCACAAAUCGCCGUAUAUGUUUUGCCACGCACGCGUCGUAGGGUUUGGUAGCUCGAAGACCAGCCGCAAGAAACCACAGGGCCGUAACUAGCUCAGAGCAACGAGUGGGACGAGAAGUGUUCUCAGGGUGCUGUAAAUUGACGGACAAUGUAUAUCAAUUUUUUUAUGGUCGAAAAUCUUUUCACAGGUGGGGGGGGGGGGGCGAAAACUUUUGCUGGGGGGGGCUUGGCCCCCCUUGCACCCCCCAUAGUUACGGGCCUGAAAAACCGGGUGAAAAUUUUGUCAUGUGCAGGACCAAAAGUCUCUACACCAAGUCUGCGAUUUUCUACGAUGCCGAAUACAUGCAAGUGACACGUAAGUCUCACACAUAGGUUUACGAAAAUUACCUCCAUAGACUGCCCGUAGUAGCACGUACAGCGGUUUGUGAGGCAGGCUUAAGAGAAUAAAUCAAAGAGCUGAUAAUCAAAAUGUAAGUUAUUGGGUUUACGAAAGAUAUUUUUAAAAAUGAUUUAUUGUUUGUUUAAAAAUAGACCUAACCCUGUUGUCUAAAAUAGCUAAAAAAUAACUCAAAACAUGUUCAAACUUCACAAAAAUAAAUCAAAGAGCUGAUAAUCAAAAUUUAAGUAAUUGGGUUUACGCCGAUAGUUUUGAAAAUGAUUUAUUGUUUGUUUAAUUUUAGACCUAACCCUGUUGUCUAAAAGAGCUAAAAAUAAUUCAAUCAUCUUUAGACUUCACUAAAAUACUUGAUUUGAUCAAAAAUACAUAUUUUUACAAAAAUAUGCAAAUUACUUAAUUUGCAUAAUUUAUGCAGAAGGUUCGAAUUAAUGAAAAAUACAGAUUACUCAUAUGGACAUUACACUGUCAGUCCGUAAUUUGCACAAGUUUUAGAGUACAAUGGUUUUGAGCUAAUGAUUUGUUAAUUUAGGGGAUUUUUUUUCAAAAUAAAAAAUAUGGAAAAAAAUCACUUCUAUAAUUUGCUGUUUACCUGACAGAGUCUCAUCGUUAAGCCUGUUUACCUGACAGAGUCUCAUCGUUAAGCCUGUUUACCUGACAGUCGGACAGUCUCAUCGUUAAGCCUGUUUACCUGACAGGCUCAUCGUUAAGCCUGUUGACCUGACAGAGUCUUCUCGUUAAGCCUGUUUACCUGACAGGCUCAUGGUUAAGCCUGUUGACCUGACAGUCUCAUCGUUAAGCCAGUUUUCCACAUGCACGAUUUUGUGGCGUUUACACGAAAAACGCGUACAUCAAAGACAGGCCCUUAUUUGUACAUUGUAUAAUGCGUGAUGUACAUUUCUAGCUUUAGUUGAUAAUUUGUAUUAUUGCAUUUAUUUGUAUAUUUUUGUAUGUGAAUUAUACACGAACUACACAAUGGCUACCUUUUAGUCUAUUUUGUCCUUUAAAUGGUUGUGAAUAUUUAAUUUUGUUUGCUAUAAGCAGGUUUGUACCAUAGAGGUGUUUCUCUCCAUUGUAUGUACCAGUACUAAAACAAUUGUGACCUGCUCCCACAAAACCAGGCACUUGUCGCACUACUUCCUUUUGUACUACGGGCACAAAAGCACAAACUGUAUGCCUUCUUGUUGCUGUGAAUGAGCCGGAUUUCUCCGGUUUCCUCCUACUGCUAAAGGCCCCUACGUGCAAGCAAAUUAUUGAAAUAAAAUUGAACCAUGUGUUUAUCCCGAAAUGACCUAGUUUGGGUCCAGUGGACCCUCCCCCUGUCUCUCUCUUAUUCAAGGAGUUCACAUAAUUGACAAAUUGUGGUUGAAGUUUGGUAUUUAUAAUGGAGGGAACUGAGUAAUAUGAAAUAUAUUGUUUAUCUAAAUUUUUAGCUUUAAUUAUAUUGAUUUAGUCAUUUCUAUAUCCAUUUACUCUUUAGAGUUACUGCCCCUUGUAUUUACAUACUUCUACAUGACUUACGAGACAAGAUUAAUGUCAUUUGGUUUUAUUUGAACAGUUUCUCGAUGUCAUAGCUAACCUGCGAUAUUUACUGGAUUAGGAUCCGAUUUGCUGCUCAACUUUCAUUCAUGAUUUAAUCAUGAAAUGGAUAAUCGAGACUAUGAUUUUUAUCGUACCGACUUUAGUAAUGAUGAUCGAGGCUAGGCUGAAAAUUCAAUCGCUAAAUUCUCGGUUCAGAGUGGAUCGUAUCGACUUUAGUAAUGAUGAUCGAGGCUAGGCCGAAAAUUCAAUCGCUAAAAUCUUGGUUCAGUGUGUAUUAAUUUGACUGAAAUAUUCAGCAAAUUCCCUUUACAUUAUCUAGUUUUUAACUAUUAUAAUGAGAACUGUCAGCUCUUUAUCUAAUGUCCCAUAAUGUGUCUUUAAGGAAAAAACGCCAAAAUAUCUCUGACAAUGGAUUCUAUUGGAUUAAAAAGCAACUAAUCAAAAGAUUUUAUUCAAUAGAUAUAGGUGCCUUAGACUUGUCUGGUGUCAAAUGGUGGCAUUACAGUAGCUUCUAUAGUCUUUAUCAUAUUAGUUGUGGUCUGGGUGUCUAAUGGGCAUUGCGGUAGCUUCUAUAGUCUUCAUCAUAUUAGUGGUGGCCUGGGUGGCUAAUGGGCAUUACAGUUACUCUGAUAGUACUUAUCAUAUUAAUUAGUUGUGGUCUAUAGUCGGAACCAGAGAUAUGUAAAGGCGGUCAGAACUAAAUAUUAAGGCGACCUGCUGAUUUCCUCAAGGCCACAAGAUUUAAACAGGGUUAGGGCACGUGAUUUUUAUUUUCUAAACAAUUUUUUAUUCUCAGAAAAAUAUUGAGCAACAGGCUAGGCCUAUAUUACCUCUCUCCUAAGGGCAUGUGAUUGUUGCCGAGGAUCAUGGGUUAGGACUAGCGCAAGCCCUGUUUGCAUCUCGUGAACUUGACGAAAAUCUGCAUCUAACUGCAGCCAUGGUCACCAUUUUGAUACUCAUAGUCUUAACCAUAUAAGUAUUUGGAGCAAUGAUCAAAAUAAAUAGAUAGAACUCAAUGACCAUUGAGUGUAUCCCUGUGCAGGGAUACACUCGAGUGAACCAUUGACUAACCCGAGCGGCAUUCAAUGGCCAUUGAGUUCUGUUUUUAUUCUAUAACUACAUGCAAAUCUCAAAAUACACUGUACUAUCCAGAUUAAAAUAAACCCCCCAAAAAACACCAAUACUGUUAAAAUUCAUCAUGGGUUCUACUUUUUUUUACAAAAAUUGUGGUUGCUAGUGUUGACGUCAUUAAAGUUUGACGUAAUUCUGAAAGUGACGUCAUUCUGGACAAAAAUAGUACAUGUCCAAGUCAUUGAAUACGAUCAUAGGUUAUUCAAUGGCUGUAUUCAAUAAUAUUUGCUUGUAUUUACAUGUAGUUAUAGAAUGUAAUCUACACAGAUAUAUUUUUUGCUAUCAUCAUUUAUGUAUAUUUAUUUCUUACAAAUUUAUAUUUAGUUUUUUUCUUUAGUUUUAAAUGUUUGACAAUAAAAAUAUAAUAUUCUU